CUCCUGUUCGUUCCUCAAUGGGCUCGGGCGGCGCGCUGCCCUGGCACCCACGCCGGCAUGGGAUAAAAGAUUGCCCUCUCAGAGAAACUUAACCUGUGGGGUUUUGUUUCUUUUGGAGCAACAACUCAAUGAACUGAUGAUAGCAGUUAAAGUGCAUUUGGCAGCUGACUUUGUCACAGUAACAAGUGACUGCAAGAAGUGACAAACUGCAAAGGAUUUGUAUGUUCCCUGGCUACUGAGAAUAUGCACAGUAUCUCAGAUAUUGGAGUGGCUGCAGUUUCAACAUAGAUCAGUUUACUGCUUGUAAAGAUGUCGGUUAGCGCAACAGAGUGUGACCCUCCUAGAUUCUUUGUGGGUGGUGAAGAUGGAGAUGAAUUAUUGGAUUCAUCCAGAUCUGCCGACUUCGAUCAUUUCUAUGACCAUGCAGAGGAGGAGGAUGAAGAGUAUGAUUCUCCACCAGAAAGGCUGAUUGUGGUUGGGAUAUGUUCCAUGGCAAAGAAAUCCAAGUCCAAACCAAUGAACGAAAUUCUGGAACGCCUGUCCAUGUUUAAGUACAUCACAGUGGUAAUAUUUGAAGAGGAUGUCAUUUUGAAUGAACCUGUAGAAAACUGGCCUUUAUGUGACUGUCUCAUUUCUUUUCAUUCUAAAGGAUUUCCACUGGACAAAGCAGUUGCCUAUGCAAAACUCAGGAAUCCAUUUGUAAUCAAUGACUUGAACAUGCAGUAUCAUAUACAAGACAGGAGAGAAGUGUAUAGCAUCCUCAAAGCUGAAGGCAUUUUACUUCCUCGUUAUGCAAUUCUGAACCGUGAUCCAAACAACCCCAAAGAAUGCAAUUUGAUUGAAGGAGAAGACCAGGUGGAAGUGAAUGGGGAAGUUUUCCAAAAGCCAUUUGUAGAGAAGCCAGUAAGUGCCGAGGACCAUAAUGUAUACAUUUAUUAUCCAACAUCUGCUGGUGGUGGAAGCCAGAGGCUUUUUCGAAAGAUUGGCAGCAGGAGCAGUGUUUAUUCCCCUGAAAGCAAUGUGAGAAAAACGGGCUCCUACAUUUAUGAGGAGUUCAUGCCUACAGAUGGCACUGAUGUAAAGGUGUACACAGUAGGUCCAGACUAUGCACAUGCUGAAGCUAGGAAGUCCCCAGCUUUGGAUGGCAAGGUAGAACGAGACAGUGAAGGAAAAGAAGUGAGAUAUCCAGUCAUCCUGAAUGCAAGAGAGAAGUUGAUUGCUUGGAAAGUGUGCCUUGCAUUUAAGCAAACAGUUUGUGGCUUUGACUUGUUGCGUGCUAAUGGACAAUCCUAUGUCUGUGACGUCAAUGGCUUCAGUUUUGUGAAGAACUCCAUGAAAUACUAUGAUGAUUGUGCGAAGAUACUUGGAAAUAUCAUAAUGCGAGAACUUGCUCCACAAUUUCAAAUCCCAUGGUCAAUACCUUUGGAAGCUGAAGAUAUCCCUAUUGUGCCAACCACAUCUGGAACAAUGAUGGAGUUGAGAUGUGUUAUAGCUGUAAUACGUCAUGGGGACCGUACACCAAAACAAAAAAUGAAAAUGGAAGUUAAACAUCAGAAAUUUUUUGAUCUCUUCGAAAAAUGUGAUGGAUAUAAGUCAGGAAAACUAAAACUGAAGAAACCAAAACAGUUACAGGAGGUGCUUGAUAUAGCAAGACAGCUCUUACUAGAACUUGGGCAAAACAAUGACUCUGAAAUUGAAGAAAGCAAAGCAAAACUUGAGCAGCUGAAGACUGUUUUGGAGAUGUAUGGGCAUUUUUCUGGCAUAAAUCGCAAAGUCCAGUUAACCUAUCUCCCUCAUGGCUGUCAGAAAACUUCUAGUGAAGAAGAAGAUAACAGAAGAGAUGAACCAUCCCUACUUCUGGUUCUGAAAUGGGGAGGAGAACUGACCCCUGCAGGCAGGGUCCAGGCAGAGGAGCUAGGGAGAGCUUUCAGAUGCAUGUACCCAGGUGGACAAGGAGAUUAUGCUGGAUUUCCUGGAUGUGGUUUGCUUAGAUUACAUAGUACUUAUCGACAUGAUCUGAAAAUCUAUGCUUCUGACGAGGGACGAGUUCAGAUGACUGCAGCAGCUUUUGCAAAGGGAUUACUGGCUUUAGAGGGAGAGCUCACUCCUAUUCUUGUCCAGAUGGUGAAAAGUGCUAAUAUGAAUGGUCUGUUGGACAGUGACAGUGACUCUUUAAGCAGCUGCCAGCAUCGUGUUAAAGCAAGGCUCCAUGAAAUACUCCAGAGGGAUAGAGAAUUUAUGCCUGAAGACUAUGAAAAGCUUACUCCAUCUGGAAGCAUCUCUCUGAUGAAAUCAAUGAAGGUGAUCAGAAAUCCUGUGAGAACAUGUGACAAGGUUUAUUCCUUGAUCCAGAGUUUGACUUCUCAAAUCAGGCAGCGAAUGGAAGAUCCCAAGUCCGCGGAUAUUCAACUUUACCAUAGUGAAACACUAGAGUUAAUGCUGCGCAGGUGGGCCAAGCUGGAAAAGGACUUUAAAACAAAGAAUGGAAGAUAUGACAUCAGCAAAAUCCCUGAUAUUUACGACUGUAUAAAAUAUGAUGUCCAACAUAAUGGAUCCUUAAAAUUAGAAAACACAAUGGAAUUAUACAGGCUAUCAAAGGCAUUAGCUGACAUUGUGAUCCCUCAGGAAUAUGGUAUUUCCAAGGUUGAGAAACUAGAGAUUGCCAAAGGCUACUGCACUCCUCUAGUUAGGAAAAUUCGUUCUGACCUUCAGAGGACUCAGGAUGAUGACACUGUAAAUAAGCUUCACCCUCUAUACUCCAGAGGUGUUAUGUCUCCUGAACGUCAUGUUCGUACUCGGUUAUAUUUCACAAGUGAGAGUCAUGUCCACUCCUUAUUAUCAACUCUUCGUUAUGGUGCCUUAUGUGAUGAAUCAAAAGAUGAACAGUGGAAACGAGCUAUGGACUAUCUCAAUAUUGUCAGUGAACUCAAUUACAUGACCCAGAUUGUUAUCAUGCUCUACGAGGAUCCAAACAAGGAACUUUCUUCAGAAGAACGUUUUCAUGUGGAGCUUCACUUUAGUCCGGGAGCUAAAGGCUGUGAAGAGGAUAAAAACUUACCAGCUGGUUUUGGAUAUAGACCUGCCUCCCGAGAGAAUGAAGGCUCAAAGAAAACCUCCCAUAAAAAUGAUAGUGAUGAGGAGUCACAUACUUCUAAAAGGGAUGAAACGGAUCGAUCAAUAGUGGUAUUCAAGCCAAUGGUGUCAGACCCAAUUCACAUACACAGAAAGUCGCCCCUUCCAAGAUCCCGGAAGAUUGGUUCUGUUGAAGAAGAGAGCCCCCUGAGUGUGUCUAGCCCAGAGUGUAUUGGUACCUGGCUGCAUUACACCAGUGGUGUGGGUACUGGGCGUCGAAGACGCAGAUCAGGGGAACAAAUCACUUCUUCCCCUGUCUCCCCUAAAUCAUUGGCUUUCACAUCCAGUAUUUUUGGCUCAUGGCAACAGGUCCUCUCAGACAACAAUAGUAACUUACGAACACCAAGAACUAUACUGGAACAAAAGCAGAGUGGUUUAGGGUCUCACUGUGCGGGCCUGUUUAGCACCUCAGUACUCGGGGGUUCUUCGAGCGCACCUAACCUACAGGAUUAUGCUCGUACUCAACGUAAAAAGCUGACUUCUUCUGGCUGCAUAGAUGACACCACACGUGGUUCUGCUGUUAAAAGAUUUUCUAUCUCAUUUGCUCGACACCCAACCAAUGAACAUCCACACCUCUUUAGGUGCUGGUCCAUUUCCUCUGUGGAAUUUCUAAGCUCCAGUUUUGAACUAUAUUCCAUGGUGCCUUCCAUCUGCCCUCUAGAAACCCUGCACAACUCCCUGUCUUUAAAGCAGGUGGAUGAAUUUCUUGCCUCCAUUGCUGCUACUUCAAGUGACAACCUACCGGAGAUGUCUACUGCUUUAUGUUCUUCUUCAGCAUCUUCAAGUUCACUGUCUGGAAGAAAAAGUUCUUUAAAUACAUACACCCCUGCAAAAAUCCAACCAACACCACUUGCAGCCUUGCCUGAGAGGCUAGCAAUAGAGAAACCAACCUUAUCUACCAGUGGACCCUCCAAUGGCAUCUCUGAUGUUACUCCAUCUCCUAAAGAAUCUAGCUUGAUGUAAAAUUUGGUGAUGAAACCCUUACUGAGAAGAAAUGAAGGACUUCAGACAAAAUUGGAAGCAUCUUCCUUCAAAAACAAUCUUCAGUAUGCAUUUUUAAUGGUAGAAAAGCAGACUAAAUCUUGACUCAACUCUCCAAAGCCAUUCAUGUCUGUCUGUCUUGGUGCACUUACCUGUAUAUAAAUUUAAAUACUCUUAACUAGUGCACACUGUAUAUAUUCAGCUGAAAGGUCUCGUCUCAUUUUCUAAAAUAUUUAAGGCAAAGAGGUUUACUCAGUAGUGUAAUGAAUUGCACAACUUUAAUGAAAAAGCUGCACAUCAGUUUUUUCAGUGUCUGUUUACUAUAUAUGUAUACUAAGCAAAAAGAAAAACACCCCAACCCAACGGUAUGUAUUAUAGUGGCUCUCAAAGCGCCACUGUAGUUGUCAUUAUAAACUCCUGUUUUCAGGGGGUUUAUAAUGUGGCUGUGAAUUUUUUUCCUGGGCUGAAAUUUGAUGCGCAUGAUCUUGGCUAGGAGCAUUUUUUUAUUUGAAUACAUUUCCAAAGAAAUCACUUGGCUCUUUGAGUUAAACAAGUGCUUCUUGCAUUUGAAUUUUUAAUACCAUAUAUGCUGCAGUAACUAGGCACAAUGGGGUGAAUUAAGGAUGGUGUAUUUUCACUUUGAAUCUCCUUGUUUUUUGUGUGUUUACAUCAGACCCCUAACAUUUGAAUAUACUUUUUAUUUUGUUGUUUAAUAUACAUGGUUAUAUAAGGAAUAUGUCUGUAUAUCCUCCUACAGAAAAAAAUUGUUUAUAUAUUUUCUUAUUCUAAGAAAUUCUUUUGUUUACUGAAAAGAUGCCUUUAUUUGCUACAUAGGUUUGUUUUUUAAAAAGUCACUUAAAAAAAGGCCACAAUAAAAAACAAGGUUUUUAAGAAGCAAUUACAGUUGGUCUGGUAGUAAAUUACCCUAGAAACUCUAAAUAUCCCAUCUGUAAGUGGUGCGUCCUACCACCCGUUCAUAUGAAAGAGAAACUGCAGUGUUACCAGAAUGUUUAAUGUUUCAAAGUUUAUCUGAAUACUUAGGCUUCAGCAUUUUCUGUAAUGUUCAUACCAUUGGCAUUCUAAACGCAGCUGUUGUCAACAGCUCUCAUUAAGACUGUUGAAGACUUUAUUAGAGCUAUGAGAAGCUUUAGCAACUCAGAUUAUGCUUUUAAGUGGUCAGAUUUUGUAGAGCAGUCAUCCAGGUUCAGCAGUUUUGUGCUUUCAUCUGUGGCAUUUAGAAUUAUAAAAUGUAUUCAAAACAUCACUGUCCACUUUUGAAAGUUCAAGUGGCUGAUUAUUAAUAAUGACUUUAUAAACUGCAGGUUAGACUUUUUUCCAGUUUAAAUUACAAGAGAUUUAGCAUCAAAGAAAUAUUUAAGCAUCAGAGCCUUGUUUUCCUUAUCCAGCAAUUCUCAGUGUAACUACAGUUACACUAUGAACUUGCCACAGAGUCUGUACAAAUCUUUAAACAUGGCACAUGUGAAAUGGCUUCUAGAAAAUAGUCCUACUAAGUGCUGACUAAAUAAUUAAUACCAAAAACAUAAAGGGUUCACAGUUGUAUAUUUCAAACAUUUCAUUUUCUAUAAUGUAACCAUGUAGUAUGGACAAUGUUUGUCUUGCACACAUUUGAAUGUACACAUCAUGUUUCCUGUUUUUUAAAAACACUAUUAAAAUUAAGUGUGCAUAUCAUUCCAGUCAACCAAAGCUCUGGUUUAAAAAUUUUGAUGCGCUCCUAAAUAAAAACAAGGU